UACCAUCUGACCUUACCAGCCUGGAGCCUACCCUGCACAACACUGAGGAUUUCCAACAGAUAAGAAAUAUACAAGAGUUUUGGAAAUAUGAAGCUUAGCAGUAGUAUGUCCAAAGCCAUGAUGAGCAGGAAAAGAUGUAUUUACCGAUCUCGAAGGAUUUAUACUUGACAUACCCGGUACUGUAAUUGCCAAAACUGCCGCCGGGGUGUACUGCCGUAUUUGCCGCGCGUCUUUCCUCUUCACCAUCUCCUGGUAUGCCAAUAGUAAUACUGGCGUGCUAGCUGCCAUGCGAGGAUAUCACAUUCAAAUUAUCGUGAAAGAACACUCGCUUGACCCCGCUAUUCCCCCAUCUUUCUUUCAGCGUCUUCCUUCUCACAAACCCCUUUCGACUACCCGUCGUAACGCUACGUUCAACCCUUGGAAUAAGGAUUACCGGUUCGGACCCAUACGUUUAGAUUGGUCGGACAGAAUGGGUAUAUCUACCACGAACGCUGUAGGGAAAGAAAAAGCAUAUAGUCACGAACCGGAGGUAGCAACGUUCGUACCCAGUAAUACUCAACUAGUAACUGGGUCCACCAAUUUAUCGGAAGGGAUAGUUCAUGUCUUCCGGGAGUCUACCAAACAACCCGACGAACAGGAUACGCCCACCUUUACCAACACAAAUGCUGACACAGAUGAGAUCAUGCUCGGCGUAUUGGCUGUACCAUCGUGGAUGACUCCAUCUGAUUUCCUGGCUUUUGUAGCCCCUGCCGCUGAAAGUAUAUCUCACUUGCGUAUGAUUCGGGAUUCUGCUCCAAAUCGCUCGAUAGUCAUCAUCAAAUUUCUUAAACGGGAGGAUGCCACCGAAUUUAUUGAGGCAUAUAACGGCAAGCCAUUCAACUCGAUGGAGCCAGAAAUAUGCCAUGUUGUUCAUGUUUUGUCCGUGAACAUAAAGAUGGAUGACCAUGUAUCGCAUUCAAUAUCACGUCUUACCUCUGGUCCGGGGUCAUCAUAUGAACUACCUACAUGUCCUGUCUGUUUGGAGCGAAUGGACUCCGCAGUUACCGGAUUGAUUACUGUUCCAUGUUCUCACACAUUCCACUGUAUGUGUUUGAGUAAGUGGGGUGACAGCAGGUGCCCGGUAUGCCGAUACUCUCAGACGCUUCUUACGUCCCAUCCGACGUCUUCCUCUUCUACCCGUUCCAUUCCCUUUGCAAAUCCUUCUACAUAUUCUCUGUCAUCAUGUUCCUCUUGCUCAUCUACCGCCAACCUCUGGAUUUGUCUUAUAUGCGGCAAUAUUGGCUGUGGUAGAUAUGGUCGUGCCCAUGCUCAGGAACAUUAUCAGUUGACGACACAUCUCUACUCAUUGGAACUGGAAACACAACGUGUCUGGGAUUAUGCUGGAGACGGAUACGUUCACCGUCUCAUCCAAAACAAAGCUGAUGGGAAGCUAGUAGAGCUUCCUAGCGCGGCCUCGUCCAUGGGCACGAGCCCCAGAGAAGGUGGUUUGGGACCGAGCCCCGCUGACGCGCUCAGUGCCGAAAAGAUAGAAGCCAUCGGAAUCGAGUACUCCUACCUGUUGACCUCUCAGUUGGAUUCCCAAAGGUCCUACUACGAGGACCAGACCGCAGAGCUCAAAACCCAAGUCAAUGAUCUGAAACAGAUGGUAUCGAAGCUCUCCGCAGAUUUUGAGAAAGCUCAGGUGGACCUGAGGGAGCGGGAGCAACGAAUGAUGCAAGAAGAGGAAGCCCGUGCAGCAGAAUUGAUCAAAGACAAAACUAAGGCUGAGAGUAGAGCCGACACGAUGGGCCAGUUGGCGAAGAGGUUGAAGAAAGAACUGGAUGAGGAAAGGGCAGUGAGCGAAGGCUUGAUGAAGAAUCUGGGGAAAAUGAAGGAGAAGGUGGAAGUUGGGAACACCCAGUCGAUGGAGGCUCAAGCCAAAAUCAGGGAUUUGGAGGAUCAGCUUCGCGAUGUGAUGUUUUAUCUGGAGGCUAAGACUCACAUCGAGAGUGGAGAUGGCAUUGCCGGAGAGGCUCUGGGUGGAACCAUUCAGGUUCCCUCGCUACAAACUACCAAGAAGAAGUCCCGUAAAGGAUGACAUUGCUAUAUUUGUGAUUAAGCCCGCUGGUAGAGUCCAGUGUUCGAAAUUCAAGAUGCAGUAUAACAAGUAGCUUUUAUAUCAUAUGUACUAUGCAUAGUGUGCAUAAUGUAAUUUUAGGCUCUAGACAGGCUGCAGAAACUCGACAAUCAAGG